UCAACAAAGCUUCGAAAAGGGGACAGAAAAGGCAGUACAUACUUCAAGAAAAAUCCACCCGAGCCAAGAUACAAGCGGCUAGCAACUUCGGCAUGCAACCCCCAACGAUUACUUCCCUCCGUCAAGAAGCAGCAUCGCACAGCAUCCCCCACAACAUUAGAGGAUCAAUACAAGGCAAAUUCUGCAGCCCCAAGAACCGACCUCUGCUGCUUGCUCAAAUAUUGCCGGGGUUCAAGAGCAAGCAGAAAAUACUGACCGAACAAAUCGGACUUGGGUUUCUUUCGGAUGCACCACUGAAGUAUGAUCCGAAUAGGGUUUUGUCUGCAUGGCUGCUGUCAUCGAUAAACUACGAUCGAUCAACUAUAUGCAUCGAACCAGGUAUAGAGAUUCCAAUAGGCGCAAAUGAAGCAUUGUCAGUAUUAGGCUUGCCUUCAGGAAACUUACCUGUCACUAGAACAGUGCACUGUUCGCAAAAGUUAGAUACUAAGAACCUUGCAAAAGCAAUGUCGAUUGGCUACGCAAAAUCAUCAAACACUUUAGCUAGAGCACGCGCUGUACUAUUAUCACUUCACAGCGUUGAGCAAUUGUCUGAACCGGAAGAAAGAGCAUUCACUAUUUCCUUAAUCAUGUAUACCGUAUCCACAUUCUUGGCACCUGUGACAAACCCAGCAUCAAUGCCUGCACUCCCCCCUACAGUUAUGCUUGCUUUGUCAGAUAGAAAAUACAAAGGUGCUUUAGACUGGGCAGGAUUUACAGUAGAAAGAUUAAUGUCAGCAUCGAAAUCCCUGCAAGAGCAACUCCGGCAAGAUACUGGAACUUCAACCAUUUACUUGGAUGGAUGCCUUCCCUUACUCAACUUGGUAUUCAUGCGUUGGUGCUACUUCAAUCACUCUUCUUUCCGGAAAUUACCAUCAGAAGCAGCUACAUUUUGGUCCAACUUAUCAAUACAGCAGAUAAAGCAUAUGGAAGAUCAAACUUUAUUUCACCGUUGUACACAACAUAUGAAAUUCCCUGCCAGUGAGCAACACCCAAUUCACACAAACACUACAGGUACAGCCACCUCAAAAAUGAAUGAACAAACUGGGGACACUGCUGACAACAUUCCAUUCAAUCAAAUCAGGAACUCUGUCGCUGGAAAUAACCAGAUGAAUGCAGCCGAGCUUUUCUCAGCAACAUCAGUUAUGCAACAUCCAAGGCCCUCAGGAAACGCUGUUACACAGUUGCUUAGAGAUACAGAGACUCCAUCUUCACAACACUACAUCAGGGCUUUCCAAAUACAAUUUGAUGUUACCCCACCAACCGCCCAGCAACCUGAAGGAAGGUUAACAAAUGGAGACCAAUUGAACGUUGACCAACUGAUGACACCAUCUCCACAGCCUAUGGACGCAGCAAAGUAUGACACUACCCCAAGCCCACAAAUUAAGUCAGCUUCCAAGAGGAGCCGAACAGACAUCCAGUAAAAACAUCAGUGCAG